AUGGAUCCCCAUGCAGCUCUUGAGCUGCUGGAGUACCUCCGAAUAUGCUACCCAAUCUUCACCCUAAUACUCUUUGUCGUGGCCUUCAUUGCCGUCACUAUGAUAACUGCCACCAAGGCUCAUAAGAUUGAUUCACAAGGACUUGGCCCUGGUGGAAGACCUCUUCCCAUGCGCUCCCGAAGCGCGCGUGUUUUUCGCAAUACACAGGGUUUCUCGAAAAACACCAAACGCAUCUUUAAUGGGUUAUCUAUUGCUGUCCUCUUGACAUUUCUGGUUGAUGCUACCAUCUAUAUCCUACAUGUAAUGGUAGCGAGAUCUGAGCAUUGGUGGCGCGGUCAGUCACAGGUGGUGUAUAUUGUCGGCUCUUUUUUUGUCUACGCAGUCCUACUCAUGACAUUGAUUGAUACGACACCAUCUCCAACACUCGCUCAAUUUAUUUGCUGGUCGGUAGCUAUUCCGAUCGAGCUCGUUAUUCUUAGUACAUCUCUAUCACUAUACACCUCAAUCCACCAUGAACCUAUUGUCGGAAAUCCCGAGGGUGGCCGCCUUCGCAGAUCCAUUACCUCGUGGGAAUAUGCAGAGGUCAUCACCAGCAGUGUCCGCAUUCUUAUUCUGCUUACUUUGGUUCUUGUCUACGCCAGCCAGUCUAUCACCACUAAGAGCCAGGAUCAGCAAGCUAGUCUCCAGGUCGAUGGUGUUACCGAGUCCACCGGUCUUUUGGAUUCUUCCCAUGCAGAGAAUGGUCAUGCCAACGGUGCCAACGGCAAUGCCUAUGGCGCAACAAAUGGUACUGCACACUCCGAAGCUGCUAAACCGCAAGAUCCUUGGGUCCGCCCAACGUCCAUUCCUUCUACAAGUUGGUGGGAAUAUCUGAGUGGUUACUCGCUCUUCUUCCCAUACCUGUGGCCGUCUAAAUCACGCCGCCUGCAAAUAGUCGUGGUUCUCUGCUUCAUCCUUCUCAUUCUGCAGCGAGUUGCCAACGUCCUCGUGCCCUACCAAGUGGGUGUUGUCACCGACGCCCUUUCUAGGGACGAUGAGGCUGGGUUCCGUGUUCCGUGGUUCGAAAUCUUCAUGUAUGUUGUUUACCGAUGGCUACAGGGAGGUCAGGGUCUUCUCAGCUCCAUGCGCUCCAGUCUUUGGAUUCCCGUCAGUCAAUAUUCCUAUAUGGAGCUUUCGACUGCUGCCUUCGAGCACGUCCAUGGCCUUAGCUUGGAUUUCCACCUGGGCAAGAAAACGGGCGAAGUUCUGUCGGCCCUGAGCAAGGGUAGUUCGAUCAACACCUUCCUAGAACAAGUCACCUUCCAAGUCGUUCCCAUGUUGGUUGAUCUGGGUAUCGCGAUUGGUUAUUUCUUGAUAUUUUUUGACGUAUACUACGCCCUCGUGGUCGGUAUCUCGACCUUCGGAUACCUUUACGUGACCGUUCGUAUGGCACAGUGGAGAGCGGAGAUCAGACGACAGAUGGUCAAUGCUUCACGACAGGAAGACGCAGUGAAGAACGACUCCAUGGUGUCAUACGAGACUGUCAAAUACUUCAAUGCGGAGAGAUACGAGUUUGACCGUUAUCGCGACGCCGUGGGCACCUUCCAAAAAGCAGAGUACCACGUGCUCUUAUCCCUCACCUUGCUUAACACUUGUCAAAAUACCGUCUUCAUGUUCGGUUUGCUGCUCACGUGCUUCAUUGCUGCGUAUCAGGUCGCGAUUGGCCAGCAGCCCGUGGGUAAGUUUGUCUCGUUGUUGACAUAUAUGGUUCAACUUCAAGGGCCGUUGAAUUUCUUUGGAACUUUCUAUCGGUCCAUCCAGUCCGCUUUGAUCAAUGCCGAGCGGAUGCUGGAAUUGUUCCGAGAGCAACCUACUGUCGUCGAUAGCCCCCAUGCUGGUACGCUGGCUACCUGUCGGGGUGACAUUCGGUUCCAAGGUGUCAAAUUCUCAUAUGACACCCGCAAACCCGCACUAAACGGACUCACUUUCCACUGCGAGCCUGGAACUACCACUGCCUUGGUCGGGGAGUCCGGCGGUGGCAAGUCCACAGUCUUCCGUCUGCUUUUCAGAUUCUAUAAUGCUGAGAAGGGUUCUAUCCUCAUCGACGGGCACGAUGUCGAGGACGUCACUAUCGACUCUCUGCGCAAGCAUAUAGGCGUAGUGCCACAAGACACAGUGCUUUUCAAUGAGACAUUGAUGUAUAACUUGAAGUACGCCAACCAGGCCGCUACCGAUGAAGAAGUCUACGAUGCCUGCCGAGCCGCUAGUAUUCAUGACAAGAUCCUCGCGUUCCCCGAUGGUUACAACACCAAGGUCGGCGAGCGUGGCUUACGACUCAGCGGUGGUGAGAAGCAGCGAGUGGCAAUUGCCCGCACCAUCAUCAAGAACCCUCGUAUCAUUCUCUUGGAUGAGGCUACUGCUGCUCUUGAUACCGAUACCGAGGAGCACAUUCAAGAAGCCCUCUCCACACUUUCCCAAGGUCGCACAAUGCUCGUUAUUGCUCACCGUCUGAGUACUAUUACGACGGCAGACCGAAUCCUGGUUUUGUCAGAUGGCCAAGUGGCCGAAAGCGGUACCCAUGAAGAGCUGUUGGCUCUCAAGGGUCGAUAUGCCAGCAUGUGGCGGAAACAGAUCCGGGCUCAGAAGGCUGCAGCCGAAAUCCAGGUCCUACAGGACCGGGCAGAGCGCAUUCGCAACGCUACAAACAGUGAUGAUAGCUCCAGUCAAUCGGACGAGGACCGCAAAGCCACCCGCCGCCCAGCCCACUAA